AAAUGCGGUAAAGGCUGCAUAAAUGGCAGUUGUGAUACUAAAUUAGGUAGUUGCCAAUGCAAAAACAAUAAAUUUAUUAAAUCAAAAGCAUCAGGGUAUUGCCAUGAGUGUGUGCCCGGACAAUAUGGUCCAAUGUGUGAGCAAAGCUGUCCUAAGAUGUGUAAUACAUGCGAAAACGAGACAAAUUGCGUUUCAUGCAAUGACGGGUACUUUGGGGAAUCUUGUAAAAAACCUUGCCCCGAUGGGUGCAAGAGCAAUACUUGCAUAAAGAAAGACGGAUCCUGUUUAACAUGCAAACAUGGAUAUUACGGAAAGUCAUGUGGAAGCACCUGCCCGGAAUUAUGUCAAGUAUGUGACCACUACGAUGCAUGUUCCGAAUGCAAAGCUGGGUAUUCAAAUACACAGAAGCAGUGUACAUGUAGAACUGAUAUUUGCGUAAAUUCGGUAGGUUGCGACUCAUGCACAAAUAUUUCAUAUUAUGCAAAUGAUAAUGAGUGUUGCUUGGGCAGCAUCGAUAACUGUGUUUCCUUUACAAAGACGUUUGAUAACAUUCAUUGUAAAAUUUGCAGAAAGGGGUAUUUUCCACACUACAAUGGACAAUGUAAAACCUGCAAUUCGCAAUGCGUCGACAGUGAAUGCGAUCCGUCUUCGGGAAGAUGUCUUCAUGGAUGCACCCAAGGGUACUGGAAUCAAACCUGUGACGAUGAGUGUGAUCCAGAAUGUUUAUCUUGCGAUCACGCAGAUGGAUUGUGUUCACAAUGCAAAAAUAACACAAAAUACGGACCGUUCUGUACAAUGGAAUGUAACAAUACCUGUGAAAACUCCAUGUGUGACAUUAAUGGAAAUUGUACAAAUGGAUGCAUUACGAAUACGUUUGGAAAGUAUUGUGAAAACACCUGUGAUGAGCAUUGUACACCAAAUGAAAACAAAACGAUUUGUUCCGAAAAGACGGGAAUGUGUUUUUACGGCUGCCAAACCGAAUACAAGGGGAGAUUUUGUCCUCAAAUUAUUGAAACAGAAGCGGGAAAACAAAACUGGCCAAUAGCAGCACUUGGUGUUGGUAUUCCCGGAGGAUUUGUAGUUCUUGCUGCCAUUGUGAUUGUUGGACUGUUUUUUCUUCGACGAAGAAGAGUCAAUUUGAAAAUUAAAAGCAAAGCACAUGAAAAAGAACCUGAGAACUUGUUGGAGAUGUACCCCAAUGUGAACAAUGGAAGAACCACCCGAGCAAAGAACCCUAAGGGGGAUACCGACAAUUUUCACUCUGUCACCGUCAACGGAAUUCCCAAUUACCAUAGUCCACCAACAAACAGGUCCGGAAAUGAAAGGACGCCUAUCAUGACAGAAGACAAUCUAGAAAUUGAUGCAUUUUCUGAAAGAAAUGGUCAACAAUGAGCAAUCCUCUUUGAAUUUGCCAGGCGAAUAUUCAUGUAGUGUUAAAUCAAGGUAACUAACGAUAUUGCAGCAGACUAUUUUCAUGAAGCUCAUGUUAGAUCGAUAGAACGAUUUUGCAGGCGAAUUAGUUUGUUUUUUUCCAAAAGGUCAUACUAACCCAAUCUAACAAUAUUGUGUUUGAAAAAUCUCAUUCUAACGAUUUUGCAGACGAACUUAAGUUUUAAGA